ACUCUGAAUUACCUGCAAAACACAAGAGGAUGAACUCAGAAAUGCUCCUCAGAUUUUCUGUACUGCUCAUGGUUGGAGUUGUGCAAUGUUCAGAUGAUCAGAUGUUUGAGAGAAAAACUGUCAGUGUUGGAGAAAAUGUGACUCUAACGUGUAACAUCAUAACAAAGAUCACCUUAAAUUCCUUGUUUUGGAUCAGGCUUGUUUCUGGAAAUGUGCCUGAAGUUGUAGGUGCAACAUUUUCAUUUGAACACGAGGGGCAUGAUAAUAAGAUGCCUCACAUUACAGCCAAAGUAAAGAAUGAAUUAUUUAUUCUGAAGAUUACUGAAGCAAAUCACAGUGAUACUGGGCUUUACUAUUGUACAGUUGUACAACAACUUGACAUGAAGUUCAUGAAAGGAAUACUUCUGAAAGUCAAAGGACCUGAACCUAAUGUCACUUCUGUAAUUCAAGUCUUUGCACCUGAUCGUGCCCAUCCAGGAGACCCUGUGACUCUCCAGUGCUCGGUUCUCUUUGGCACCAAACCCAAAACGUGUCCGGGUGAAGACAGCGUGUACUGGUACAGAGCUGCAUCUGAUCAGUCUCAACUCCAUGUGGUUUAUACUGACGGGAAAAAUGAUGGAAAAUGUGAGAAGAGCCCCACAAGUCAAAAAUGUAUCUACAACUUCAGGGCCUCUGAUGAUGGGACUUAUUAUUGUGCCGUGGCCACAUGCGGGCAUAUAUUUUUUGGAAAUGGGACAAAACUGGACAUUGAAGAUUCACAAGAGACCACAAAGGUUUUGUAUCUGCUGGUUGCUGCUUUGGCUACAAGUGUGACUGUUAUAAUCAUCCUAAUUUCUAAAAUCAGCAAAAAAAGGUGUCAUUUAGGGAAUGUUGCCAUUUCCCAGCAAACGCAGCUCCCAGCAACCAACGGCGAUCGUCAGAGUCAGAGAAGUGAUGCGUUGCUGGUUUACGCUGCACCAGCCUUCAACAAGAGAAAAGACUGCAAACCUGGACAAAGACAAAGGAAUGAAAGAUCUGCUGAGGUAGCUGUGACCUAUUCUGGUGUCAGAGGGUUGGUUCAGAAUAAUAAAUAAAAUAGUGCAUUUGCUUUUUUAAGUGGG